CAAGGUAGGCUAAUGCACGCCUAGAUUAUUUAGAAACGAAACUAGUGUGUUGUAGGGCAGGGCAGAUGUUGUCUUCUAGCUUCGUAAAGCGUUUGUAACCUACUCAAGAAGAAUGGCAGAGGCGAUAUCAUGUAAUCAAGAACUUUUUACAUGUCCUAUUUGUUUGGAUCUGCUGAAAGAUCCAGUGACUAUUCCCUGUGGACACAAUUACUGCAUGGGCUGCAUUAAGGGCUGCUGGGAUCAGGAAGAUCAGAAGGGAGUCUACAGCUGCCCCCAGUGCAGACAGACGUUUAAUCCAAGACCCGUUUUAAACAAAAAUAAUGUUUUUGCUGAGCUUGUGGAGCAGAUAAGGAAGACCAGAGUUCAAUCUCUUGCUCCUGCUCCUGUUGAAUGUUAUACGGCUGGAGAUGUGGAUUGUGACGUCUGCACUGGGAGAAAAUUAAAAGCUGUGAAGUCCUGUCUGGAGUGUCUGUUGUCUUACUGUGAAAAUCACUAUAAAUCUCACAAUGAACUUUUUCCUGGACGAAAACACAAGGUGGUUGAUGCCACAGGUCAGCUACAGGAGAGGAUCUGCACCCAGCAUGAGAAGCCUCUGGAGAUAUUUUGUCGUACAGACCAGAGUUGUGUCUGUUUUCUCUGCAUGGUGGAUGAACACAAAGGCCAUGACAAUGUGUCAGCCUCUGCAGGGAGAAAGGAGAAACAGACACACUUGGAAGAGACUCAAAGGAGAUUUCAGCAGAGAAUCCUGAAGAGAGAGAAGGAGCUGCAGGAGCUGAAGAAGGCUGUGGAGACUAUCAAGAGUUCUGCACAGACAGCAGUGGAGGACAGUGAGCAGAUCUUCACUGAGAUGAUCCGCUCCAUUGAGAGAAGGCGCUCUGAGGUGAAAGAGCUGAUCAGAGCUCAGGAGAAGGCUCAGGUGAGUCAGGCUGAAGUACUCCUGAAGCAACUGGAGGAGGAGAUUGCUGAGCUGAAGAGGAGAGAUGCUGAGCUGGACCAGCUUUCACACACACAGGAUCACAUCCAUUUCCUUAAGACUUUCCAGUCAGUGAGCAACACACCUACAGAUGUAUCCAGCAUCUAUGUUAACCAAAGCCUUUCUUUUGAGGCUGUGAAGAAAUCUGUCGCUUCGCUAAAGGGACAUCUGGAGGAUUUCUGCAAAGAGGAAGUCAUGAAGAUAUCUGCAGCAGUGACUGAAGUCCAGGCUAUUUUGCCUUUGGAACCUACAACCAGAGAGGAAUUCCUACAAUACUCCUGUUACUUCACACUGGAUCCAAACACAGCACAAGGAAACCUCCAUCUGUCUGAGGGGAACAGGAGGGUGAAGAAGAGAUCCCAUCUCUGGUCAUAUCCUGAUCAUACAGAGAGAUUUGAUACAUUGUAUGCGGUGUUGUGUAGAGAGGGUGUGUCUGCACGCUGCUACUGGGAGAUUGAAUGGAGUGGGGAGUGGGUCAAUAUAGCAGUCUCAUAUAAAAGCAUCAGCAGGAAAGGACAGGGUAUUCAGUGUGAGUUUGGAGGUAAUGAUCAGUCCUGGAGGCUGUGCCUCACCAGCUCCAGCUCCUCAUUCUGGCACAAUAAUGAAGUGACUAUACUCCCUCUAGUGACCAGCCCCAGAGUAGGAGUGUAUGUGGAUCACAGGGCAGGAACUCUGGCCUUCUACAGCAUCUCUGACACAGUAACCUUCCUGCACAGAGUCCAGACCACAUUCACUGACACACUCUACCCUGGGUUUUGGCUAGAUUAUAGCUCAUCAGUGAAGCUGUUGUGAGUAUUCUCAGUUGAGAAUUGGUCUGGUAUUAUCCAGGCUAGAUCCCCUCUGGCUGCUGCAGUAGGAGCCAUUAGUGUUUCAGCUUUGGGAACCAAAUACAUUUAGGAGUAGGAAGAGCGAGUAGUGUAGUGCAACAUAAAAGUCAAAGCUCAAACAUUGGUCCCCGCAUGGUUUCAGAAUGUAAUUUUCACACAACUCUCUUUAAUACUCUGUGUGCCCACUCAAUUUCUUGUAGAACAAGUUUUUAACAAUACUUUGAUCAUAAAGACCAAGAAAUUAGAUCAAAUGAAAAUAUAUUUUGAAAAUACUGAAUGUAAUCAGCUGUGAAUGUAAAGUACCUUUGCAGGAAUAAAAAAUAUGUUUGCUGUA